UUGGGCUGAUGUUGGAAUGCCUUACUGGAAUGAAGGCAGUAGAAUGAAUAGAGUACAAGUAAAGUUGAUUUGAGCAAGCGGGAAAGUGUCCCUCCAUAAUCAUUCAACAUUCAUCAAAUUUUCGAAUUUCACACAAACAUAACAUACAUACAAGAUAGAUAGAUAUAUACCACAUUUUUUCAUUCUUUCAUUCCAGUCGCUGGUGUUAGGGUUUGUUCAAAGAAAGGGAAGGAUGAGGCUCAGAGGCGACACCAUCGACGGCGACGACGAACAAGCCCGAGCGCUCCCGGAAGAGGACGAGGAUGACCCCGAACACGACACCUCUUGUCGCAGGGUCAUUCGCUCACAAUUCCUCAAACUCAAGACUCUCAUUAAUGAGAAAAGGGAUGACUUGAUCAACACCGAUUCCGACAAGUUCGAAACCAUAUUGGACCAAUUUCACAAGCUGCACGAGCAAGUUAAGAAGCCAAGAGAACAGGUUGCUGAUGCUGAGGCUCUGCUUGAUUUCACCCGCACACUCGUUGGAUCUGUCAAGUCUCUCGUCAAUGAGGGUAUCACCCCUUCUCACUUUGUUUCUUCUCUCCUCAAAUACUAUCACCAACCUUCAUUCAACUGGCAAAAACUUGGCCUUGCUGUUUCCCCCUUUUUCCCAACCGUCGUCAAUGGCUCUUCUACCAUGCUUGGUCCAAUGGAAAAUCAACUCAAGCAACGCAAAGUACCCGCCCGAGGGAAAAGAAAUGCUGGCCCUACUACAACUGCUAGGCCUCAACAGCUUGAUGAGGCCACUUUAGGAGAUGAAAAAACCGACACUGACAAAAACAUGGCAACUAUGUUUAACGUUUUGAGGAAGAUGAAACUGGUACCGCUUGAAAACCUUAUUUUGAACAGAACUUCUUUUGCUCAGACCGUGGAAAAUCUGUUUGCCCUCUCAUUCCUGGUAAAAGAUGGUCGUGCUGAGAUCAAAAUGGAUGAAAGUCACGCACACUAUGUUUCUCCUAAAAAUGCUCCAACUGCAAACUCAGUAAUGUCGAAAGAAGUUACUUACACUCAUUUCAUGUUCAGAUAUGAUUACCGAGAUUGGAAGUUAAUGAAGGAUAUCGUGCCUGAGGGGAAGGAGCUAAUGCCACAUAGGAUUCAAGUUUGCACUGAGGAUGCUCAGGAAGAGAUGGGUGGUGGCGACCAUUCCCAAGCAGCUUUGGCUGUAUCACCUAUCAGAGCUAUAACACCUAUCCGGAAGCUGAAUCGGAACCGAGGGCGGGUUGUGCAGGAGGAAAGCAUUGUUCAAGAAUCUCCUGAAUGUGAUAAGGAAAAUGAUCCUGGAGCUGCUGCUAUCCGCAGGUGCAAGCGUAAGAUCCAUCCAGAAUGAGCAGAUUAGGUACUAGAUCAACUUUGCAUUUACUGAACUAGGGAUUGUAUUUUGUUCAGCAGGUAGAGCUGAGUUUUUGUGUUGUAUAUUGGAUGUAAAUAUUUAGAUUCAUCCUAGAUCAUGCAUUUUGGAGGUUGUCAUGUAAUUGCUGCUUAGGGAGCAAGACAUAUUUGUGUUUGCAUCCACUGGUGCAAGUGCAACUCAACAGAAGAUUGUUUCAUUGCUUUUAAA